UGCCUACGAACGGGUGAAUCUCCGCGCUGAGAGGGAGAGAGAGGUGCCCCUUGGUGUGUGGUGUAUAUACGCGGAAGCCCAGCUCGCGGAGAUCCGUCGGGCCGCGCCUCGUCGCUUCGCUUCGCGACGGACGCGACGGACUUCACGGCGUUGAAGCGGUGCGAAGUCGGACGCGAUCGCUCCGCGACGGUCGGUCAGUCGAUCAGACGGGACGGACGAUCCUUCCCCCGGGGAGGAGGGGAGCCGAGCGUGAGCGCGAAUAAUCGGGGACUCGCGAGAGAGUCGCGCCGUCUUCUCUCCUCGCGUGUGCUCUCUCGACGAUACGCAAAAAGAUAUCCUCGCGGAUACCUCGUGUCUGUGCGUGUGCGAUCUUGUUCACGCACCGGAAUCUGAAGUUGGCUGUCAACGAACGCGGGCGGCCGGAUACUCUUGAGCACGCUCACGAGACCUCGGAGGGUUUCGCACGAGGAAGAGCGAGAACGACCAAUAGAGUGAGAGAGAGAGAGGAAGAAAGAGGGACAGGGCCGAGCCAGUCUCAUGAGAGGAGCAGCAGAAAGGAAGAAAGAGGAUAGAGAAUUUGUUGACCUCCCACGUGUCUCGUCGACGGAAGAGUUUACGUUUGCCGCCACGCAGCUGUGCAUAGUGUGUCACGUGCAUGUGUGUGCCAAAGCGAGAAUAAACCGAGGAAAGCGAGACGUAGAUUAAGGAUCAAGAAGAUCAGUGAAAUACGCGAGUGAUCGAAGGAAAAAUCGCGGGAAUUUUCAUCGCUGAAGACUGCUUAAGAAAAAGGAAAAGAAACUAUUGAACAAAGAAAGGAGAUCGGCAGUGGGUUUGGAAUUCCUCGCGAGGUCGUCUCGGCUAUGACGAGUACGGGGUGCCGCGUCGAUCGAGGUUCAUUGAUUGAAGCCACGAAUGCCGACGCGAUUGUCAACAUCAUCAUCCCGUUGAAUGUGGAACACGAUCUCGCGGUUCUUCGUUAAGGGCAGUAAGACCGCGGUGGUGCAGGAAGAAACUGCGCCGCCACUGCCGACGGAGGAAAAAGACGAGCAGCAACAACAACCGGAGCGUGCGUGCAACGGCGUCGCCGACGACGACGCGCCCGCCGACGGUACGAGCGCCGUCCAUGUGUUCUUCGACGCGGCGAUGGAUCGCGGCGCGAGUGCAGACGAUCGACGCAGGCCUGCCGCCGCUUCUGCUGCCGCAACCGGUGCCGCGGCAGCAGCCGACCAGCAGUCCAGCGGAGGCGAUUCCGAUCACUUCUCCGACGCCUACGAAUCCCGUCAGGCCAAACAACGUGCCUCCGUAAAAUGGCUCCUGUCGAAGGCAUACAACAAUCGAGUGCCAGAAAAACUCCGCGAUCCCUAUUAUCGUGAUCAUGAGGAACAAGAGCAUUUGAAACCGCAAAUUGUACACGCGCUUUCCAAUGCGGAGCUCUACUGCCUCGCUCUGGCCAACAUAUACUCGGAUCCUAACUAUCACAAUCAGAAUCACUACGGGAUCCUGCAAGCCUUGGCCAGGAAAGGUGUCUACGUCGCGGAGCAGAACAAUACUCAGCUCACCGAAACGAUCCUUAUUCAAAAUUCACCACUUAAGAUGUCCGCGCAUAUGGCUGUGAUAGAAGGCCUGAUGGUCUUGUACGCGAAAGAAGUGGUGACGGGAGAUCGGGUGGUCUCGGCGAUACAACGGUUUGAUCCUCAAGUCGAGGUGGACGUACCGUCGGAUCAUGAGAAGGGUCUUUUGCUCUGGAUCAAUCACGCAUCGCACGCGUUAAUUGCCAAGAUUCAGAGCGAGGAGGGUGGUGGCGACAAGACGCGGCUGCCUGAAUUACCCGCUGCCAAGGAUUUUCAAUCUCUAUGCGACGGUGUCGGCCUAGCGGCUGUUGUAGCUUUCUACUGUCCUAGCGAACUCAAUUGGAUGGAGAUUAGGGUGUCGAAAAGACCUUCGGUAGCGGACGCACUGCACAAUCUUUCUCUGGUGCACGCGUUCUGCGUCAAAUGCCUGCCCUACUCGAUUUUUCAUAUGCAGCCUGAUGACGUUACGUACAUGAGAGGGUCGAUGAAACAAAAUCUAGUAGUCUUUCUGGCUGAUAUGUACAACGUCUUGGAGAUUCAUCCAGCGAAAUGCGUGCGCUAUCCUGGUGAGGAGCGGGCGAUGCAAUAUCUAGAUGCCUGCCCGCGCAAUAGUCAUGGCGUAGCUCAUAAGAGAAGCCUGCCACAGUCUAUAGCUCCAAUACCUGAUCUGAGAAGCAACCUCUCCGUAACCGCGCCAGGUUUCACAGUUACGAAGUCAACAUCAGGCAGUACUGUGAAGAAGUCGCAAUCUUUGCAACAAACUGCCGAGAGUCAUCCGUAUGAUGAUAGUUUUUUUUACAGGCGCGCAGGUAGCGAAGAGAGUUUCAUAGUGCAUCGUGGCAAAGGCAUUCCCACGCUGAGCUCCGUAGCCGAUGAGAAGUCCGUUAGAACUGAAGCCGCUGGUCGGCCGAGCAAUUGGGAAGAACAACGACGAAGUUCCUAUGCCGGACGUCGAUCAAGACGGAACAGUAUCACGGACGAUUCUCAAUUGACUAUCGAGAACUUCGGCGGGUCUCAGGAUAAUUUACACAAUUUUGGUAGAAAUCCGGAUAAAGAGCUAGGCGCGCACACUGGUAAGCGUAACGCCACCGAACCAACAUUGCCUGCGCGAUCCAGCGUCCAAGAUGUGUACGGUAGUGGCGUGCAGCACAUAAUCGCAGACAACGGUUACAGCGGUAGCGAAGAGCCGAUGAGGCUGCGACGACAGGCGUCCAACAGCAGCCUAGAUAACGUCGCUCUCCGGCAAAUCUUACAUUCCAACGUAGAGAACGACAGUAGUACGGAUGGUAGUAGUGGUGGUGGUGGUGGCGAUGUCCCCACGAAGUUCGCCAGCUUCGCGAAUUUGAGUAGACAGAGCUCAGAAAAAGGAAUCAAUUUCACAUAUACGGAACAAGAUGACGCUAAAUCGAACAGGAAACAUGGCCAAAGUAAUGGGAAUAGUGAGAAGAAAACAACGUUUGCCACUCUGCCGAACACAACCACGUGGCAACAACAGAGCAAUCAGCAGUCGCAGCAGAUGGAGCAACAUUCAAUUGAUGAGAACGGCGGUAAUACCAUAAUGGCCUCACAGCUGAAUAAUAUACGAAUGAAGCUCGAAGAGAAGCGACGACAUAUAGAGAACGAGAAGCGAAGGAUGGAAGUUGUUAUGUCGAAGCAACGGCAGAAAGUGGGAAAGGCUGCUUUCUUGCAAGCGGUCACGAAGGGUAAGGUUAAAUCUCCCUCUUCGUCAACGUCCGGGGGGGACAGUCCGGCCGAGACAGUCGGUCCCCCCACUCCUGUAACCUCCGGAUCUUCCGGGGCGACUCCGACGAGCGUUUCCGAGACGUCCUCUGUACCCCAACAACCCCUUCAAGAAAAACCACAGAGACCCUUCUCGCUCAAGGAAAUUAGCGAGGAUGUACGGGAUGUCGAGCAUAAAUGGCUGGAGCACGAUGGUAAUGCGCCAUUCAUCGAGACCAGACGCACUCCAGAUAUCGAGAAUAUGGAUCCCGAACAGUAUCGUCAAUCCAUAACACAUAUGAACAAUAGCCUGAGCGAAAUUCAAGCGGAUAUACAGCGUUUGGCAAACCAGCAGAAUCAGAUUCAACAGCAGCACCUGAUGUCGCAGCAUCAGAAACAGAUGCAGCAACAGCUUCAGCAGCUGCAGAGUCUCAGUCAGCAGCAUAUGCAAACUUACGGAAUACCACCAAUGAAUCCAUCAACUCCUAGACUGCAAGAUUCGCAGCAAUCGCAGUUCUACUUGCAUGAUCAGCCGCAAGUGCAGAGGAGAAUGUGGGGUCAACCGGUACCCACCCAGAGUUUGGCCAAUGAAAUGGCCGCAGUGGGUUAUCAGCAGUCUAUGGAUUCGCGAUUUAGUCCUCAACCUAUCGCUUAUCAGCCGGACAUGCGCAUGUAUGCGGAUCCAACGAGGACUUGGGUCACGCCGCAAAAGGGAUUCGUUUUGCACGACACUCAGGAACCAAGGUACCUCAAUGGGGAUCAUAGUCUGUGUAAUAAUCAAAUGAGCCACCCCGGUCCGGCCAGCGUCUUUCCAGCGUCUUCGGCGCUUUUCAACCAAACACAAGCCACAUCUGCUAGUCCACAACAUCGUAACACUGUUCAUCGAAUAAGUCAGUUAAUUAGUGAAAGUCCUGAACCUAAGAGAUCUGUACAUCACAUCCCGAUCUCAUGUGAAAGUCCGACGGAGAAGAGGCAAGCUUUACAUACUCCCGUACCAGCUCCACCUGUCGAUGACAUGAAGCCCCAAAAUAUAUCUUUUAUUGGCAACGACGAUGAUAUCGCACAGGGUAUUCGCGGCUUGAACAUCACGUCGGGUAGUCGUACGUACAGAAUACCAUCGCCAACUAGACCCACGAUAUCGCAGAAUUCUUUCCAACCUCAUCCGUCAUUGAGGGAGACAUCGCGUUCAGUCACUCCGGAUAUUACGCCUCUCGAUUCCACGGAUCCGAACGAGAAAGGAUUCUAUAUUUCCUUCGACAAUGACGCUCCUAAGAAACCAAAACCGACACUCAGAGUGAAAAGAACGUCUCCUAAAAAGGAACGAAGUGUGUCAUCCUAUAUUGAACACGAAGACUUUACAAUGCACUCAGAAUCAUCUCCUGCUAUCGCGAUAGAAAAGCAGAAACAAGUAGAAACUCAGCGAGAGUUGGAGCGGGAAAGAUUUCGGCAAGCCGACGAAAGGGAACAGCAAAGACAAGAAAUGAGGGACAGAGAUCUUAAACGGGAAAUGGAGAGGGAACGACAGAGGGAGAAACAGCGAGACAGUAGCACAGACAGCCGACACGCUUCUGGCGUUGGUCUGGUAAUUGGGAAUCAACUUACAAAUCCCGAUCCGAAUUGUAUGGACGAAAUGGAGAAGAAGAAGGAGAGGAUAAUGCUGAUGUCGCUUCAGAGAAGACAAAGGCAGGAAGAAAUGAAGGAAAGAAAGGAAAUUGAGGCCCAAGCACGUAGGGAACAAGAGAAACUGAAGGUGGAGGAGAGAGCUCGCAAGAAAGAGGAGGAACGUCAACGGCGAGCCGCUAUUUUGGAACACCAUAAGGUGAAGAAAGCGAUAGAGGAGGCAGAAAGAGAAGGUAAGGUAAUUGAUAAGGAGCUUCUGAAUGCAAUAAAUCCAGCAAAAUUACGUAACAAGACUGCAACCGCACGACCGCGGCCCAAAACAAUUCACGGAGACGCUGGCGCAGUGUUGGAUUCCGGGGCUCUUACACCUAGUCGCGGGAAGAAAGGUUCUUCUUCCAAUUUAAGUACAGCGUCGCUGACCUCUCCGACGAUGAGGCGAGACUACUACCGAGGUUCGCAGGAUAGUCUCACGGCUGCUCACCUUGAUGACCGACGUUGUUCCGGCCCUCUUUAUCGGGGCGGCAGUCUCAGGGUAUCUUCCGUAGAUUCGCCCGACGACGGUAGGGGUUCUUCGCCUUGUCGCAGUGUGAAUCAGCUCGGUCGACGCGGCUCCUACAAGACCUCCAGAGAUGUGCAGGAGUCUCAGCAACAAGUUAGAGGCAGGCCUAAAUACCAGACUUACCAAAACUUUAAGGGGAGAAAGUCUAAUUCCCUGAUGAAUUUGUGCGAUUCAGAUAGCGGCCUGGGCAGGUCGACGCCUCCGAGACGCGCCGCCAGUCCGGGCAUAGGCAGUAUGAGGCACCUAACGUCACCUUCGGGACCCGGUUCGCUGCCACCCGCCUUGAUGACGUCGAAGAAGAGGAUCUAUGACGAUGGCAGCAGCGACAUCAGUAGCACGCCCAGUUCUAUGAUGGACUAUAAUGGCCCGAGACUGUAUAAACUGCCGAUAGCCAAGUCAAAUCGCAACAUAAUGUUGAACGCUGUGGAGUACUGUGUCUUCCCCGGUACGGUGAACAGGGAAGCCAAAUCGAGAGUUCUGGAGGAGAUAAGCCGGUCUGAGAGCAAACACUUUCUCAUUCUGUUUCGAGACGCUGGCUGCCAAUUUCGCGCUCUCUAUUCGUACUGUCCCGAGAGGGAGGAAGUAGCCAAGCUAUACGGUACUGGGCCCAAACAAGUCAUCGAUAAUAUGUUCGACAAGUUUUUUAAAUAUAAUUCCAGCGGAAAAUGCUUUUCUCAAGUUCACACGAAGCAUCUGACGGUGACCAUAGAUGCCUUUACGAUACACAACAGCCUCUGGCAAGGUAAAAAGGUGAACUUACCGAACAAGAAGGACAUACCACUCGUCAUAUAGUUUUACAUAAGUGAUCACACACUUAACAUUACGCUACUGUGCCCUCUGUUGUUCAUAGUUACUAUUUUAAUACAGGCCCAUAUUAAAUUAAUGCGAAUACGUUGCGUUUUUAGUCAAUUUUAUAAGGACAAUUGAUCGAUGCUGACCCCAUAAAGAAAUAAUUACAGUUGGCGCGCGAGCCCCGCGUUUCUCGAAUCGCACGCCGCUUCCGAAGGGGUGGAAAAACCAGGGGAACGUAGUCAUAUACCAUAAAGAAUGAGUUUUGUUUUACUUUUUCUUGCAUUAUCCGUUUUUUUUUUGUUGAUCGUCAGCAUCAAUCACUGUGUCAUAAGAUUACCAAUAUCUACUUAUAAGAUGGUUUGUUGUCAAUACAUCCCUAAGAUCCCUUAAUUUUGUGGAUUAACUCUCGUCAUGUAACCGCCUUUUGUAAUUGUGUAAAUCGGUGUGUUGCAACUGCAUGGACGUACGAGAUUCUCAUGGAUACAUAUAAUGUGAAAAUUUUUCUAAAUUUAUUUUGCCAAACGAAGCGAGAGUUAGAGAGGAUGGCAACGGUGCAGCUUGUGUUCUUAUGUGUGCGUACAUGCGUAAUUUACGAUUGACACAAGUCUUUCUGCAUCCUUCGCUAGGCUAAAGAUUCUAAAUUCAAUGAUUAUUAUCUAGUGCAUUUGAAACUUUUUAAAGAAUAUAUUAAAGUAUGAUAAAACGCGCGAACAUGUGAGGGAUCAUUAAUUUUUAGAUGUGUCUCAUGCGCAAAUC